ACAUCGAUUUAGUAUAUAAAGAUUCGAAUCAAAAGCUUGUUAAGUUUGUAACAAUCGGAGUAAUUGAAAUAUUAACAUUGAAGAUGAGACAGAUAUUGAGAGCAGGAUUCUUGAUCACUUUCCUGGCGUACGCCGUCACAAACAUCGUUGCCGAUAACAAGAUCAUCUGUUACUAUGGCAGCUGGUCCACUUAUCGUCCCGGAAUCGGUGAAUUCAAUCCCACCGACAUAGAUCCAAAACUGUGCACCCAUAUAGUGUACACGUUCAUCGGUAUUAAUAUUGAUGGUAGCGUUCACGUAUUAGACUCUUGGAACGACCUUCCAAGCGGCAAAAAUGGUUUUGGAAAAUUCACUAAGCUUCGUGAAUUGAAUCCAAACAUUACUGUCUUGGUGGGUAUGGGCGGUUGGAACGAGGGAUCGUUCAAGUAUUCCCAGGUUGCCGGAAAUCCUACUGUCCGUGCAAAAUUCGUCAAAAAUAUGGCUUCAUUCCUAAAAAUGUACAAUUUCGACGGUCUGGACUUGGACUGGUCAUUUCCAAAUCAACGUGGAGGCGUAGUUGCCGACAGAGAGAAUUACAUCACCUUGCUGAAGGAAUUGAGGCAAGAGUUCGACAAAAAUAAUUUCAACCUGAGCGUGACGGUUACCGCUCCUGAAUAUUCGGCCUCUCAAUCCUACCUUAUUCCGGAACUGGUAAAAUACGUCGAUUACAUUAGUCUAAUGACGUACGAUUUGCACGGAACAUGGGAGAAUGCCGCGCUACUUCACUCUGGCCUUUACCCCUCGGGCAAAGAUACCAAUAUUCGACUUGACUCUAAUGUGGAUUGGUGCGUCAAAUAUUGGCUCACGCAAGGGGCGCCAGUUGACAAGAUCAUUCUAGGUAUUCCAGCCCAUGGUAAAUCGUUCACCUUGUCGAAUUUGACGGACAACGAACCAGGUGCUCCAAUCCUGGGUGCUGGAGUCGCUGGUCCUUACACGCGAGAAAGUGGUAUACUUAGUUAUACUGAAAUCUGUCAAUACAUUAAAUCAGGAUGGACUGUGAAACGGGAUUCUAAACAACGCGUACCUUAUGCUUAUCAAGGUAACCAAUGGGUUGGAUAUGAUGAUGUCACAUCUGUCGAAGAGAAGAUGAAUUAUGCUAAGUCUAAGGGUUUCGCUGGUGUAAUGCUAUGGGGUAUCGAGAACGACGACUUCAAGGGUUUGUAUGGUGAAAAAUAUCCACUUUUGAACACGAUAAAUAAGAUAUAUAAACAAAAUUAAAGUGUUAACGAGUGAUUUUUAAUAUUGAUAUAAUUUAGAGUUAUAUUGUAAUAUAAAUGUAUAAAAUAAAAUAAAAGAAUAUUUAUCUUUUCCA